AUGAGCACCCAAAAAUUAUUUAAUACACAAUUAUUGUCAAGCUCCACCAAUAAUAAUAACAACAAUAUGAAUACAAAUAUGGAAACUACUAGUAAUACCACUAUUACAACUACUAAUUAUCCAAAUGAUAUUUUUCAAUACACUGAAGAAGUUUCUUGGUACUCAAAUGAUGUUGAAAUGCAAGAUGCAACAAAUCUUCAAAGUACCCCACCACCUCCAAUUCUUAAUAACAAAUAA